UCGGCCAUCUCCGUGUAUUACCGUAUCCUCAGAAUUGCCGUCAGUCGCGUACGGCUCGUCGCGCCGUCAACGUCGUGGUAGGGGGAUAGUGUAUACAUACUCAUGUGUGUGCUUUAUUCGUAGUCUUCAUGAGUGUUCCAAUUAUUGACAUUGUGGUCUUUUUCGCUUUUCAUCUGGGAAAAGUAUAGCAGGAAAAUAAGAAUACAGUGUUCUUAUAUCAUUUGACAAAAGAGACGAUCAUGGAUUCAUGGAUGUACGAUGUGGUUUGUAUGAUGCCCGGUGGCGGCACCGAAAAUAUGAUUGGAAAUAAUAGGACUAUGGCGAACAUUAAACAAGAAAUUGAAAAUCCUACAACACCUACGCAAAAUUAUCAAGUUUGUUCACCGACCACUACACUUCAGCAUCAAGAGGUGAUUUGUAGUAAAAUAGAAGUUCCGCCUGAUUAUGGUGGAGGCGAAGGUAGCCCUGGAAGUCCAGAAAUGCACCAUUGUUCGUCGACUACACAGCCUUUAGGAACACCUGAGGAAGGUGUCAAAGAGGAAGAUAUGAUACCUAGAAGGCUUUGCCUAGUCUGUGGCGACGUUGCAAGUGGGUUUCAUUAUGGAGUUGCAUCUUGCGAAGCGUGUAAAGCUUUUUUCAAAAGAACCAUACAAGCGAGUAAUUUUACAGGUAAUAUUGAGUAUACAUGUCCCGCAAAUGGGGAAUGUGAAAUAAAUAAACGCAGGAGAAAAGCUUGUCAGGCAUGUAGGUUUCAAAAGUGUCUUAGACAAGGCAUGUUAAAAGAGGGAGUCCGAUUGGAUCGUGUUCGAGGAGGGAGACAAAAAUAUAGAAGAUCCACCGAUCCCUAUACGCCAGUGAAACCAGCUCCCUUGGAAGGUGAUUUCUUUAAUAAUCCUUCGAACAUAGCAACAGGAGCUUCUAACGAAAUAAUAAAUAAUAAAAUGCUGGAAGCUUUGGCUGCCUGUGAACCCGACAUGCUGCAAGUAUCAAAUAUCUCUCAUACUCUUGAUACAGAUCAAAGAGUACUUGGACAAUUAUCUGAUUUAUAUGAUCGGGAAUUAGUCGGAAUAAUUGGUUGGGCAAAACAGAUUCCAGGAUUCAGCAGUUUAGCUUUAAACGAUCAAAUGCGGCUUCUGCAAAGUACGUGGGCUGAGAUAUUGACGUUUAGUCUCGCGUGGAGAAGCAUGCCAAAUAAUGGUAGAUUAAGGUUUGCACAAGAUUUUACUCUAGACGAACGACUUGCCCGCGAAUGUCAUUGUACAGAGUUAUAUACGCAUUGUAUCCAAAUAGUAGAAAGGCUUCAAAGAUUGGGAUUGACCAGAGAAGAAUAUUAUGUGUUGAAGGCGUUGAUAUUAGCAAACAGUGACGCAAGAUCAGACGAGCCACAGGCAUUAUACCGCUUUCGAGAUUCUAUCUUAAAUUCAUUAUCAGACUGUAUGGCCGCAGUAAGACCAGGACAAGCGCUUCGUGCCACUCAAAAUAUGUUCCUAGUGUUACCCAGUCUCAGGCAGGUUGAUGGAAUUGUUAGACGAUUUUGGUCUAGUGUGUAUCGAACGGGAAAAGUACCAAUGAAUAAGCUCUUUGUAGAAAUGUUAGAAGCUGCUUAUUAUCGAUGAAAUAUCAACUCGAACUCGAUUUAUUAAUAUCUAUGUUGAGGACUUCAUAGAAUCGCUGUUAUUAAAUAACACUCGCACAUUAAGAAUGACUUAAAGGCACGCAUUUUGUUGUGUUCCUAAGAUAUAAGCAGAAGACAGUGAGUGAUAGUGAAAUACGAAAAGAAACGGAGACUGUACAGUUUUAUUCAUUUUUCUGUAAGAGAAAGACUUAUAUAUAAAAAAAAAAAGAAAAGGCUUUAUUUUUCAAACACAAGAGUGUUGGAGCGUGGAGCGUUGGCCAGUGAUUCCAGCAGUCGUUGAAACUCACGAAACACCUUAAGAUAGCAGGCACAUUGUUUCGUCGAAAUAACCAAACUUUCCUUUUCGAGUACCCCAUUUACAGGUACAAAGAAAAA